AUUGUGUAUUGUGUUUGAGUGUUUGUAUGUGAUGAUAGAAAAAAGAGAGGCCUCCUUGUUGCAUGUUGUUGUUUGCUGUUUGCUUCUUCAUCUGCAGUUUGCUGCCUCUUUAAAGGACAAACUUUCUUUGCAUGGACAGUCAACAUUGCACACGGAAUACGCACUCAAAAAUUACUUUUCAAAUGAGGAUGUGCGCAUGUUACUUGCCAGUGUGAAGAUCUCGCAUCAGUGAGGAUGGUUCGAGUGUUCAAGUGUCACAGCUUUGCCUCCCAGUGUGUGGUUCCCAUAGAGAAGGAACCACUGGCCAUCUAUGCAGAGGGGGACAAAGUGUUUGUGGCCACCAGUGACUGCGAAAUUAUCGUUUUUCAAGUGAGAGAUGGAUCCUCGACAGAGAUACAGAGAUGUGUGACAAUAUCUCCAGUAGAUCACUUGAUCUACAAUAACUUUAGAAAUUACAUAGCUACAGUGGAGUUGAAAAAGUCGUGGAAGCGAGUGACGAGAUCGGUGCGUGUUUAUCUCAAUUGGGACAACAUUGUUGCCGGUGAAUCAAAAGCACGGACCAAGGUGCGCAUUGCUGGGCGCUCUCACGUCCAGCACAUGUCUAGUGCUGGUGCCUCGAGCCUCUUGGAGAUUGUUGAAGUACCUGUGGAUGGCAAUGCUACUUGUGUGGCUGUAUGCAGGUACACAGGCAACUUUGCUGUGGCCUGUGGCUCUGAGGUGAAACUAUGCAGUGUGGUGGAGAAGACUGUUGGUACCUCAGACAAGACUUACCUGGAUGUGGAGGUGUUCCUGGAGCUAUGCUGGAGCUUCCCUGUGCUGUCUAUCUCUCUGUGCGAGGAGUUUGUCGUCUGCUGCUCCCACAAAGAGGUGCAUGGAAUACGAGUCAGGUACACAGGCAACUUUGCUGUGGCCUGUGGCUCUGAGGUGAAACUAUGCAGUGUGGUGGAGAAGACUGUUGGUACCUCAGACAAGACUUACCUGGAUGUGGAGGUAUGA